AAACAAUCACAUAUAAAAGUAAUGAUACGGAUGUUUAAUUUACUCAUUAGCUUAAUUUCAAUUAGUCAAUUAAUUAACAAAAUCAUAACUAAUUGUUGUGUACCAAGUGACAAAAAACAAACCAGAAACAAUUUAAAACAAACAUAAUCAUCCUCAUCAUUGUCUAGUAUUUACUCAAAGUACCAAUCAUCAACAAUGAACAAAAUUACUCUGAUCAGUUUGUGGUUAACUGUUAGCAUCAAUCUAAUUGAUGCUUCAACUACUGGAUGCCAUGUUAAGUGUUUCUUUGAAUGUAUGUUCAAGCCUGAACCAUGUAAACUGGCUGAUUGUCCUUGUCCUGAUCAAGUUACAACUGAUAGUUCAGCAACAAUUAAGGAACCAUCGACUAAUAGCUCAAGUGAAUCAACAACGAUCACCCAAUCAAUAACAAAUAACACCAGUAAUGAUACUAUUGCUACUCAAGCCAGUCCAUCACUAGUACCAACUGAUAGGCCCAAUGUAACUAAUACGACAGCUAAACAAUCAAUUUUAAUAACUAAAUUAGUUGAUUUUGUGAUCAAUUUGGCCAACUCAACCACAACCCCGGCUACAACACCAUUAGUUAAUUCAUCCUCUGCUCUUCCGACAAUCAACUCAACUCAAGAAUCGGCUAAUGGAACUGAUUUAAUUACCAAUACAACAAUUAUAUCAACAAAUCAAGAGACAAAUAAUGUUACAACAAAUCCAACUGUCAACUUAACCACUGAUAUUAACAAUCAGACUCAGCAAAUUAUUACAGUUAAUAAUGAUACUGAAUCAAUUGCUACAGUAACAGAAACAGCAAAUACCAUUUCUAAUACUCUUAAUUCAACAACAAAUCCAAUCACAAAUUCAACUAUUGGUGUUAGUAAUGGUACUAAUUUAGUUUUAAAUGGAACCGUAGAUGUGAUUAAUCAAAAUGUAACAAGUAAUAAUUCAGAAGUAUCAACAACAAUUGCAACUAUUGAAACUUUAAUUGUCACAACAGUUGGUCCAUCAACAACAAUUAAUGGAUCUGAGGUUGUUAGUAAUUCAACUAACGAUGGACAGUCAAUCAAUGAAUCUACAACGGAAACAACUGAAAUAAUUACUGAAAGUAUGAUUGUUACCACUGAAAAUCAAACAAUUAACAAUACAAGCAGCUCGGUUGACAAUUCAACAAUCACAGAGGCGACUGUUAAUGCUCAAGAUAUUACAACACCCAAAGGAGUCGUUGACAACAAUCAAAAUUCAACAGACGUUGAAUUAACUACUGGUAAUGAUAAUGUUACUACAAUUUCAAUUGAUGAGGUUAGUUCAACAAUCAAAUCUGAACCUGAUUUAACCACUCAGUCAAUCAAUGUUACACCAACAAUAACAACUACAGAGGAUAAUUUAAUUGCUACAGAAACUACAACUACAAUUUCUAAUGGUGAAGUUGAAGUGGUCACUACGGCUUAAUUAGAUAUCGGACUUUCCUUAAAUUAAUAUAUUAAUACAUGUAACCAACAAUGAUUCAGGAUGAUUUCUACAUAAUAUUUACUAUGAUUAAUAAAAUUUAAAUUGCAAAUUAA